GACAGGUAAGUGUCAGCGGUGUUCCGUGGUUGAGGAGCGGUUAUGACGGUGGUUUAGGAACAUUCAUUCUCUUGGAUGUCCUUUCGGGAACAGAGGGGAACUCUGACCUCGAGCUGGGUCCCGCCUUCGCGGUGAGGAGGCCCCAUUCCUGAGAUCAGGCCUGACCUGUAUAAGCCCAGAGAGUUGUAAGGAGUUGGAUGUAGAAGUCCUUCCAUGAUUGGCUUCCUAUAACACGUCUGUAGUUUCCUGAUUCUACUUCGUAUCCUAUAAUCAUGGACUUGUUUAUGUGACCUUCCAAGCCCGUAACAAAUCAACUGGCCAGUCUCCUCAGUGGGACACAAAAUACAAUCACCAAAGGAAAAUUAAUUGAACUUAAUCAGAAUUUAAAAGUACUGCUAUUUGAAAAACGCUGUUUAAAAAGUGAAAAGGGCAAAAAAAGAGGAUUAAAAAAAGUUCAUUAAAUGCAUGAGAAGUUGCUCAACGUUAUUGGUCAUCAGGGAAAGUUUUUCUUGAAGAUUAGUUACACAGGAUAUGCUGCUGUACACUAUUUUGGGAUUGCUUAUACAUUUGGUGUUCUUCGCCUCUAUCUUUGACAUUUAUUUUACAUCUCCUUUGGUUCAUGGAAUGACUCCUCAGUUUACACCAUUGCCUCCCCCAGCGAAAAGAUUAGUGCUGUUUGUUGCUGAUGGCCUGCGAGCAGAUAAACUUUAUGAAUUAGAUGAAAAUGGAAAUACUAGGGCACCAUUUAUUAGGAAUAUCAUAAUGCAUGAAGGCAGCUGGGGGAUAUCUCACACACAUGUGCCAACUGAAUCUCGGCCAGGCCAUGUAGCCCUGAUAGCAGGGUUUUAUGAAGACGUCAGUGCAGUUGCCAAAGGAUGGAAGGAAAAUCCUGUAGAAUUUGAUUCUCUUAUUAAUGAAACCAGGCACACAUGGUGCUGGGGGAGCCCAGACAUCUUGGCUAUGUUUGCCAAAGGUGCUAGUGGAAACCAUGUUUUUGCACAUAAUUAUGAUGCUUACAGCGAGGAUUUUGGUGCCCAGGAUGCAACAAAACUGGAUACCUGGGUUUUUGAUAAUGUGAAGGAAUUCUUUCAUGCUGCCAGAAACAACCAAUCUUUGUUUUCUAAACUAAAUGAAGACAAAAUAGUUUUUUUCUUACAUUUAUUAGGAAUAGAUACAAAUGGACAUGCUCACCGACCAUCAUCAAGGGAAUACUUGAACAAUAUUAAAAUAGUUGAUGAGGGAUUGAAAGAAAUUGUGUCUACUCUUAAAGAUUUUUACGGAAAUGAUGGGAAAACAGCAUUUAUCUUUACUGCUGACCAUGGAAUGACAGACUGGGGUUCCCAUGGAGCUGGUCAUCCUUUAGAGACUUGUACUCCUUUUGUCACUUGGGGAGCUGGAAUCAAGUAUCCUCAAAAAGUGUUAGCUCAGAAAUUUGAUGAUACAUAUUUGCAAGAAUGGAAAUUGGAGAACUGGAAGAGACAAGAUGUCAAUCAGGCUGAUGUUGCACCACUGAUGGCUGCUCUUAUUGGAGUUCCCUUCCCUCUUAAUUCAGUGGGAACCCUUCCUGUGGAUAUACUUAACAGCACUGAUCUCUUCAAAGCAGAGAGCAUGUUUACAAAUGCAGUACAGAUUCUUGAACAGUUCAAGGUGAAAAUGGCUCAGAAAAAAGAAGCUACUUUACCAUUUUUGUUCACACCAUUUAACUCGCUUUCUGAUUCUAAACAGAUCAACAUUUUAAGAAAAGCAAGAUCUUAUAUAAAACAGAAAAAGUAUGAUGAAGCAGUUUCCCUUUGCAAGGAGCUGAUUAAUCUUGCAUUGAAAGGAUUGUCCUAUUAUCACACUUAUGACAGAUUCUUUUUGGCUUUCAAUGUCGUUCUUGGUUUUGUGGGAUGGACAUCUUAUGCUUCUUUGCUGAUCAUCAAGUCUCACUGCAACCUUACCAGAGGUGUUAGUAAAGAAGUCAAGAAACCAAGCCAUCUCCUGUCAUGUAGUUUUAUAGCUGUUGGCAUUUUACUAGCACUUUUCCUGCUGAUUCAAGCCUGUCCCUGGACUUACUACAUAUAUUGCUUGUUGCCACUGCCAGUAUGGUAUGCGGUUCUGAGAGAAUUUCCAGUUAUUCAAGGCUUGGUCACAUUACUGUUGACCUUCCCUCCAAGUCAUUUUGUUGGAUACCUGUUACUCUUUAUCCUGGGAGUUGAAGUAUUAGUUCUCAGUUUUUUCUACCGCUAUAUGCUUACAGCUGGACUCAUUGCAUUUGCAGGUUGGCCAUUUAUCACUCCACUGUGGACUCGAGCAAAGAGCACCUCGCUGAGUUGGAUUUUCUUCUGUUUGCUCCUGGCAGUGUUCCCACUUAUGCCUGUUGUAGGACGAAAGCCAAAUAUCUUUCUAGUAGUGGGUGCAGGCUUGCUGGUUCUUCUGCUAUCCCUGUUUGUUGUAACAUCUGUCUUAAAAAGAAAAGAUAGUCUUGUAAGUGAAGAGCUGGUGUUACAUCUAUUACAGAUGCUAAGCACGGUGCUUUCCAUUUGUGUUGUGUAUGGCACUCAUAAUAGUCUACUCAAGAAACAAGGACUGCCUCUUAUUAAUCAGGUUGUUAGCUGGAUAAUAUUAGCCUCUUCCUUCGUCAUGCCUCUACUGAGUCCUCUGAUUCUCUUUGAUCGGCUGUUUAGCAUUCUUGUUUCCUCAAUGUCGACCUACCUACUUCUAAGCACAGGGUAUGAAGCUCUCUUCCCAUUAGUGUUGUCAUGUUUGAUGUUUGUCUGGAUACACAUGGAACAAGAAACCCUGCCACAAUCUGUUGUUUUCUGUAAACAGAAGGUCUCCAGUAUCCAAUUCACCUAUAAUACUGAUAUAACCCAGUUUCGAGACCUCUAUCUGGAUGACAUCCGUAGGGCCUUUUUCCUUGUUUUCUUCUUAAUGACGGCCUUUUUUGGAACUGGGAAUAUAGCUUCUAUUAACAGCUUUGAUCUUGCCUCUGUCUAUUGCUUUCUGACCGUGUUUAGUCCUUACAUGAUGGGAGCCCUGAUGAUGUGGAAGAUUUUAAUCCCCUUUGCUCUUGUGAUGUGUGCUUUUGAAGCUGUUCAGUUAACUACCCAGUUAUCAUCAAAAAGUCUUUUUCUCAUGGUUAUCAACAUAUCAGACAUCAUGGCUUUGCAUUUUUUCUUCUUGAUCAAAGAUUAUGGCAGCUGGCUUGAUAUUGGAACAAGCAUCAGCCACUACGUGAUUGUCAUGUCCAUGACCAUCUUUCUGGUGUUUCUCAAUGGCCUGGCACAGAUGCUCACAACAAAGAAACUCAAACUGUGUGGCAGACCCAAAAGCCACCUCACAUGAUGUUGCCAAAGCCAUCAUUCAGCAUCCAGAUCCUGGUUCUCAUUCUCCUUGUCAACUACAAUAUUAUCAAGGAUUCAUAAAGGAGAUGGAUAUUAAUGUAUAACAUACUCUGCUCAUCUAAAGGAAAUUAUAUGUGGAAUUCUGAAUUUAUGGGUUAUCUGGAAUAAAGGAGCUUCCAUUUUCUUUA